CUUUUUUAAUAUAAAUCACAGUUUUACUUCUCAACAAUGUUCUUUGCCUUUCUUUUUGUCAAAGCACGAUGGCGGAGCAAAGUUCUACUGAAACUUCACCUAAAAACCAGCCAGGAAGCCUGUCCAUAAUGGAAACAUCGGAAGGCUAUUCAGUAGAAGAGGAACUUCAUGAUGAUCCGUUGCCAGAAACUGAUUAUUCUGAAAAAGAUAAAGAUUUAAUUUCCCUAACAGAUGAAUUGCAAGACUAUCCGACGCUUCCUCUAAAGAGUGAAACUGAAGACUAUUUGAGUCUUCCCUUGCACUAUGAACCCCGAAGCAAUUCAAUACCAGAAAUCUUUACCAUCUUUUCCAAACUUCGGUUUUCGAGAGAAAGGAAAGACAGUUUAAUAUCUGAAAGUGGUCCAGUAGAGGUGGAAUGUGAACAGAUUUCCUUUGAAGUGCCUGAAAAUUGGAAUGAUAAUCGAUCGCGUGUAAUCGAUGAUUUUGAAAGACCUAAUGAAUUUGCUAGACGUCAAUUAGCUUCAGAGUCUACUGUAGUCAACCCUUCAGAAUCAUCACCAGUUGCUCUUGAGUUUGCUACAAAUAUUAAUGUAAAAAAGAAACCACGCUCUGUAAAACGGAGAAAAAGGUUUCGUUCAACUCCUUCUUUAUACAAAAUUGAAGGUACCGAGCAUUUAACUGUAGCUGAUGUUAUUCAGGUACGUACAUUAAAUGCAUCCGAUCGCAAUGCAUGUACAAGCAACAUAACAGAUGAACUAGAGGAUGCUAAAGGGAAGUUGCGGGAGUUCAAGAAAGAUUUGGAUGAAAAAUUUGAGUUAAAAGAUCAAAGGAAUAAAAAACGAAAGCUCUCUCCAAGAAAGAGUGGGACAUCUUCAGAGAUCUCAUUAGAGGAGAAAAUGAAGAAUAUUGCUGAACUAUUAAAGGCUGUUUCUGAAAGUUUUAAUGAACUGGUAGAAAUUCACAUUUCUUCAAUGACCUCUUCACAGAAUGUUAGAAGUUCGUCAGAAAGAGAAAUUUUCGAUGAAAAUAGUAAACCUAAAAGCAGUUGCUAUCAAAAUCGGCUAAUUGUUGCCGGAGGUGCUUUGUGUGCUGUUGGAGGUGCACACACGAUAAUAACACAAGAAAACUCGAAGGGAAGGGCUAUUGGUAUUGCUGUGUUUCUUUUGGGUUACACCCUAUUUCUUAAAAAUCUGUGAGUGCAAAGGCGUUUUUAACAUUUCUUUACAAGUUUUAAUAUUUCUUGACAUAGAACUAAUUUAUUUUAAAUUUCCUGACUUAAUGCAAAUUUAUUAGCAUGCGACAUGAGAAACUGUGGACUAAUUCACUUAUUUUAAAUUGGAGUUAAGCAUAAUAUAUAACUUUAGGUAUGUGUAUAAUCAUUGUUUGCCAAUAAAAGUGAGUAAAUGUA